AUGUCUGGCUCCUCUGUCAUCGCUAUAAAGAAAGUGGUUCAGCAGCUUCGGCUGGAAGUGGGGCUCAACCACCUGAAGGUUUCCCAGGCAGCUGCAGAUUUGAAACAAUUCUGUCUACAGAAUGCUCAACAUGACCCCUUGCUGACUGGAGUAUCUUCAAGUACAAAUCCCUUUAAGCCCCAGAAACUACUGACAAGAGAAGUCCUGGAGGCCUUCAGGAGCCCGAUCCCGGUCCAGGCUAGCAGCUUGUGGGAGCAGCUGCGGCAGUUCUGGACCUAUCAUUGCUCCCAGCGCUUCUCACCACGGCGGCCGCCCCUGCGCCGCAUCUCCUCCAUGUCCACCUUCUACCUGAUGGACCACCACACGCGCCAGGCAGAGCUGGGCCUCUGCUAUGGCGCGCCGCGCACGCGCCUAAAUGACGAGACCUUCGUGUUCCGCGGCGGCCGCUGGGCGUCUGAGGGCACACACGUGCGGCCGCGGGCUCCAGAGCCCUCGCCCACCAACUCGAACUUGAAGGCGCACGCGCAGCAGGUGAACAGCCAGAUGCUGAUGGAAGAGAACAACUUUCUGAAGGUUCAGCAGGAACUGCUGAUGGACAUGCUGACUGAGACCACCGCACGCAUGCACCUGCUGGAGAAGAAGCUCAAUGCCGGGGUCAACGCUGUGGCAGCAGGUCGUGUGUGGCCGAGGAGAAUGCAUAAGCGCCAGGCUGCCGGCAGAGUGCUCAUGAUUGAGCACAGCGCGCUCUAA